CGGCGCCGCUUGGCUUGUCGGUGCCUCGGCGUCGCACAGUCAAACGCAAACUGUCGCCGUGCCGCGGCGGCGGCCCAUCGUGUGUACGUAGGCUCGGAGCAGCGAACAAAAACGAACGAACGAGCGAGAGAGAGAGAGAGAGAGAGCGAACGAUCCGGCUACAGCCCGCCGGCGCGCGUAGGGGACUCGAUCGCGCCUCGAGCCAAUUUUAUCGGCAAUUCCGCGCGACCUAAACUCCACGACGAGAGACCUCACCAGGCGAGCCAAUUUUCGUCCCGGCGAGAGACGCGAAGAUGGAGACAAGGAGGAACACUAACCUCGCUCAACGGCUGCCUCGCUAUUAAACGGCCCCCGAUAUCUGACGGCUGACAAACGGCUGCGCGUUCGCUUCGGCUGCACGACGAGAGCUCGUCAUCCUGGGAAAUCGCCGGCGAAAUCGCGAGCAGCGCGGACUACGGCAGGUCGACGCGUUGGGAGAGUUGUGAUACUGACUGCUCGCGAGAUCGAUCGUCUCGAUCGGACGCGGAGUGUCGUUUACGCGCGCGUUCCGCUGCGUCGGUUGAGCCGCGACGCCGCGUGAAGUUGGCCGCGGCUGAGCGACGCUCCGCGACUUUUCGAUUCGCGGCGAUUGCGCCUGUUUGCGAGCUGCCGAGGUACACCUCGUUGGAGAUCCAAGCACGAGGACAGAUCUAUCCUUCGGCUUCACGACCCGCGUCAGCGACGAGUCCCGGCUUCGUCGCGAGCAACAACCGGGGCUGCCACCUCCGCGAGGAUUGACCGCCUCCGCGACUCCGUCAAGUUCCGAGCCGGAAGUUCGAUACGCCGCUUCGAGAUCUAGAUCGCGCGAUAUCUCGGAUGCGCGCGUCGCUCAGGCGGCAAGUGCAUAACCUUCAAACUUUCGACGAAGCGGCAGCAAGAGCCAAGCGCGCGAUAGUGCGGUAGAUUCGUCGGCUGCGCGAGAACGACGGUGCACGGCGAAGAUGGGGGUGAAAAAUUUCAUCAUGAAGCGCAUCCCGUUCUGCAAGAUGAAGACGAGGCGGAAAUACCAUGGCACGAACGGGACGACGGCGCCGCCGGUGUCGCAAAAUGCGGCGCAGACGGACCAUCCGGCGGAUUCCGACAAUGUCAGCGUCGGCAGCGGCAACUCGAACCUCAGCACCGGCGCGCUUCAGAAUAUCCGAGAGCAAAUGGCGGCGUCUCUCGAAAGGAUGAGAGAGCUGGAGGAACAGGUCAAGGCGAUUCCCAUGCUGCAGGUACAAGUCUCGGUGCUGAAAGAGGAGAAGCGCAAUCUGCUGCGACAAGUGGAUGAGCUGAGUAAAACGAAUACCUGCAACAACACCCUGCACAGGCAUCGCAGCCAGUCGUUCUCGGAGCAGCGCGCCGCCCUGCGAAACCUCAAGAACUCCGACGUCGGCACGUCCACCAGGAACAUGGGCACCAUGUGCAGCGUGAUGACGAGGGACGUCGGGGUCUCGCAUCAACAGGUUCGGACGAGAGACAUCGGUAUGGUGACGAGCACGCCGAUCAAGCCGAUGCUGCAGAAGAGCCGGUUGCAGAUCCAAGAGAUCGUGCCCGACAUCCAAGACGAGAGCAGCGUGUCACUGCUGGAGGACGGGACCCCGUCGAGCCUGUCGAAGCUCUGCUCGAACUCGAGCCUAACGCGCGAUCAACCGACGCCGGAAACGAGGAAGAGACACCUGACGCGGACUCCGCUGCAAGUGGAAUCGAUACCGCCCAAUGAGAGCGAUCCAAUCGACCGUAAAAUGACGAAAAAAACGCGAGACUCGGGCACCAACACGGAGAACAGAGCCAGGACUCUGCAGUGCAGUCACUUCCUGAUCGAGGACAUUGCACCGGAAACGAAGAGGGAGCCGAAGAAGCGCUCGUGCGGAACAACGACGAGCUUGACGAUGAGCAACAUGCUAAGUAACGAGGACGCCUCGGCGCUCGUAGAGAGCGCCCUGAGGGCGUACAAGCGUAGUCUCGUGAAGGACACGUCGUCCAAGAGCACCCAGUGCAGCCUGGAGGCGCCCAAGGCUGUCGAAAAGCGGAACCAAGCGAUCCAGGUGACCGAGCACUUCAAGAUGCGCUCGCACGUGAGCGUGACCGCGAAGCCGAGGACGGCGGAGGUCGGGGUCGAGGUCAGACUGAGUCCCAAUAGCAGGACCGUGUGCGUCGGGCCGGAUCCCGUCGCGACGUCGCAGCCGGUGUCGUUGAACUCGAUGAACUCGAGGAGCCAUUCGUUCAACUACGGUGACAGCCGGGCCAAGAGCAAAACCAGCAGCAGCAGAUCGAUGGGCGUGAUGGUGGACGACUUGGUGAGGACGGUCGCGCGCGGCACCGACACGUCCGGCCUGGCGCCGAAGUGCCGCGACUUCGGCACCUCGCCGUUGAAGAAGAAGCUCGUGGACGUGUCGGUGGGCGACUCGGUCCGGCCGCACAUCUCCAUCUCGUGCGCGGCGAAUUACUGCGACAACUGCAAGGAGACGAUCAAGAGUCUGGCGAAGCAGAUCGCGAACAACGCGGAGAACAGUCUGAACCAUCAGAACAGCAGCCUGGUGUCAAGGAUCCCCAGGCCGUCCCACAUCCCAUUGAACGCCGGCGACCAUAGAAGGCAGUUCAAACGGCAAGACACGUAUACGAAGAUACCGGCCGCCGGUGUCAUCAGAUACGACACGGAUAACAAGGAGCAGUACGACAGCAGUAACCGGAUUCAACAACUACAGUCCGAGAAGAACAAGAAUGAGAAGACUGUGUCCGAGGAGACUCGUAAUGUGGAAAAGGAGACGGAUAGCGAGGAGAAGCCCGAGUUGCCCGAGUCAGCGUUGUUUCAGCCGAUUCAGGACAAGCCUAGGAAGAAGGUCGAGCCUUCCAAAGAGAUGCAGGCCGCCAUGAAGGUGCUGAACGACAGCUUGAAGAAGUCGCCCAGCAGGAAUAUCUCUCAUCAGCUGAAGAACGCCACCAAUAUAAUACAGCAGGAGUGGUUCAAGAUCUCCAGCAUGUCGAGCGCGAACCCGCUGGACGUUGAAGACUAUUUAGACUGCUUCGAGGAAUGCUCCGGCACUCUGCUAGAAUAUAUCGUCAACAUGACGGAUGCGAGCGGAAACACGGCGAUGCACUACGCGGUCUCUCACGGUAACUUCGACGUGGUGUCCAUAUUAUUAGACUCGAAGGUCUGCGACAUCAACAAGGCGAACGUAGCCGGCUACACGGCCGUCAUGUUAGCCGCGUUAGCGGAGGUCCGGAAUUCCACGCAUGCCUCCGUCGCGAACAGGCUGUUCCAGCUUGCAGAUGUCAACAUCCGCGCGAAACUGCACGGGCAAACGGCGCUGAUGCUGGCGGUGUCGCACGGACGCAAAGACAUGACGCAGCUGCUGCUGGACGCCGGCGCGGCAGUCAACAUCCAGGACGAGGACGGUAGCACCGCUCUGAUGUGCGCCGCGGAACACGGCCACGCUGACAUCGUGCGGCUACUGCUCGCUCACCCAGACUGCGACCCGUCGAUCGUCGACGUGGACGGCAGCUCGGCUCUGAAGAUCGCUCUGGAGGCGGGUAACCGGGACAUCGGCGUGCUACUGUACGCGCACGAGCACGUGAACCGCGGCACCAGUCCGUACUCGACCCUGAGGCGAAGCAGGAGAGGCUCCAAGCCGACGACGCCUACCGGACCGUCCCCGUCGGCUCCGGUCAGCCCGGCGCCGUCGCGGCGCAUUCAUUCGUCCAACGCUGCUCUGAACACAUCGAAAUAUUCCAAAUAAUUCCGCGACGCGCGCGCUGGCGGAUCGUCGCGUCCGUCUUAGCUCCGUCCGCGGCACCUUCGAGCUUUCCUUUCACGCACCUCUCCGAACGUAACAGUUAACCGGGAGGCGACCACGAUGAUAACACACACACACACACACAUACACACACACACACACAUAUACAUGCACAUGCACACACAUAUACACACGUGCGCACACAGACGGAACUCUUUGCAUUUAUAUGUAACUCCCCCCUUCCUAUGAUCUUUUUUAUACUGUCCUAUAUAAAUUGCGGUUAACAUACAUACAGAUAGUUACACGCGUAUACGCGUAUUUUCAUAUCCGUCAUCACUGAUGAACGCGUUUACGACGAUACGUUUAAAGUCUUCUUGCCUAACGAUCGAUUCGUCCCGACGGGGACUGUGUACUGUUGUAUUAUUUAAGAAAGAUCGAGAACGAUGCUCAACACUGUAUAUAUAUGUAUCUUGUUCAGGAUAACGUUGGAGGAAAUCUUUUAGUUUAGUUGGUAACGGAGUCGCCCUUGGUAACACGGUUCGUCGCGAACGUGAAUCCUCCGGUAUCGCACAAAUCUCUCUUUCUCUCUCGCUUCUUCGUGCAAAUUUUCCACGAUCCCACGUGGCAGUCCCGACUAUUAGCGACUAGCGCGCACAUACUGGGAGAACAGAAUUCCUCCUCUUAGGCGAAGUGUGUGUGUGUGUGUGUGUGUGUGUGUGUGUGGACGUGUGAGAAAGUACAAAAUAUAUUUGUAAAGGUCGACGAUACACGAUCCGCAGCGCUUAAGCUCGAUCGACUUCUGUGGUUCUAUUUUUUUUCCUUUCUCCCUAUUCUGUGGAUCAAACAUUCCAAUCACGCGCGAAUCGAUCGGCCAACCGAAUCUCUCGCGGCAGACAUCCUUUCACGACGCGUACAAUAGAGCGUGCAUAGAUUACGGGCCUAAUCUCGACUAAUUAACGCUUCUUGGGAUCAAAUCGUCAAUAGCGUAAAUCGUGUAACGACGUGCGCGUAGAGAGACGUUUUUACGUGUAUAUGUAUAGCGACAUAUAAUAAGUGUAACGGCGUGCGGGAUCGACGGUCACACGACGGCGUGACCUCGCGGUGGCAUCAAAUGUACUUAUCAGUGUUCUACGUUGAGAUAGAGAGAUGUUAAAUUGUGGAGAUUGUAUAGAUUUAGUACUCACAACAUGUGCGAUUUAGAGCACGAGCGUUGACGAAGGGCUUUUGCGAGAGAAAUUGUGUUUCUAAACUUGUUGAGGUUUUCAUAUCGAGAACUUUAUAUAUCACGAUAAUAUUGAGGUGUUAAUAUUCGUUUAUUUACAGCCGCAUCGUCGGCUCAUUAGGAAUUGCGUCUCCUCUCCCAUCUGAUCGCGAGGGAAGGAGAUGGAGAAACGAUCACGCACACACACACACACACAUAAACACACACAACACACACACAUACAUACAUUAAGGACUUUGUUUUCUUAUAGGGUUGUGAAUAUAGAUAGUCGUAAUUAAAUUAUUUAAGUUCGAGAGAUCAAAGAGCUAGAUCUUAACGUUACUCAUAAGUGUUUCUCCGCCUCUGUAAGUGAUUUUAUGGACGAGAUUGUUAGCGCGAGAUGAUUGUCUAUAUAUCGAACGUAGAAGGAAGAUCUAUGAAAUACAUACACAUACAUACACAUCAUACACGCGCACACUGAUUGUCUGAGUAGGAAUUUAGAAAGUAGCGAAGUACUUCUUAUUGUUUGUGCCUUUAUAUUUAACAUAUUCUCUACUCGAUAAUAAACCGAGACACGAUUCUAAA